AGGGGAGCGAAACACCACAGAGAAUCCCCAGAUUCCAUUUUAUGGCUUUUCAAGCCUCCUCCGCGGAUUAGUGUUUGCUCGGUCUUUUAAACGGGAGAUCAACAAUCAGAUAUUGGACGGACCCGAAUCUCCGCCGGUCUGUGUCUGCAAGCCCACCGAAUCAAAGAUGACAUCCUUUAUUCCCACAGUUAAUGCACGUUCAAGAGGACCGUUUAAGCCCCGGACUGCGAACAAGGGAACAACAAACUAUCAGUUGAGGCAGUUUGCAGAGGCUACAUUGGGAAGUGGAAGUUUGCGAAAGGCCGUGAAAUUACCCGAAGGCGAAGAUGUAAAUGAAUGGUUGGCUGUGAACUUGGUCGAUUUCUACAACCAGAUCAAUUUACUAUAUGGAGCGAUCACAGAGUUUUGUUCUCCGCAGACAUGUCCGGAGAUGAAAGCCACAGACGAAUUCGAAUAUUUGUGGCAAGAUUCUGAGAACUACAAGCGGCCAACCAAAAUGUCCGCCCCGGAAUAUGUUGAACACUUGAUGUCUUGGGUUCAGAGCAACAUCGACAACGAACAGAUGUUUCCAAGCCGAAUUGGUGUUCCAUUUCCAAAGACCUUCCCGAGUCUUUUGCGACAGCUCUUCAAGCGCUUGUAUCGGGUGUAUGCACACAUAUACUGCCAUCAUUACCCAGUGAUUGUUCAUCUCGGGCUGGAGCCGCAUCUGAACACGAGUUUCAAACAUUACGUUCUUUUCAUUGAUGAACAUAAUCUAGCAAGUGGGAAGGAUUUCUGGGGCCCAUUGGGAGACCUGGUGGACAGUAUGCUGCGCAGCGAUUAGGCGGAUGAUGUGACACCUUCUUUGAUAAUAAUAUGGGCACGGAUUAAUGACUGGAGGCAUGAGCGUGGAAAGCAUCGGCGUUGGGUAAUAUUCCAUGAGCGGUGUCUCUGGUGGAUGGACUUUGGGCGUUCUCUAGAUU